CCUUAGAAAGGGCAGCGAGCGUGGGAGGCGCUAAGGGAGCAGGCAGGGUGCCGAGCCACGCUCCCGUCCCGCUCGGCAGCGGCAGGCAGGCAGCGGCGGCGAUGCCGCAGGCGGGCAGCCCCCCGGGGUCCCGGGGCACGGCGCUGCUGGCCCUGGCGCUGGCGCUGGCAGGGUCCCUGGGCGGCGGGCAGCACUACGACUACUACGGGUGGCAGCCCGAGAGCCAGCCCCACGGGCGCUUCUACGGGCGGGAGCCGCAGUGCCUCGACAUCCCGCCCGACAUGCAGCUCUGCCGCGACGUGGGCUACAAGCGCAUGCGGCUGCCCAACCUGCUGGAGCACGAGACCAUGGCCGAAGCCAAGCAGCAGGCUGGCAGCUGGGUACCCCUGCUCGCCAAGCAGUGCCACACCGAUACCCAGCUCUUCUUGUGUUCCCUCUUCGCCCCUGUCUGCCUUGACCGGCCCGUCUACCCCUGCCGCUCCCUCUGUGAGGUGGUGCGUGACUCCUGCGCCCCUGUCAUGGAGUCCUACGGCUUCCCCUGGCCUGAGAUGCUGCACUGUGGCAAGUUCCCCUCUGACCACGAGCUCUGCAUCGCCGUCCAGUUUGGAAACAGCAAAGCCACGCCGCCACCAGUGUCCAAGAUCUGCACCCAGUGUGAGAUGGAGCACAAGGCAGAUGGCAUGAUGGAGCAGAUGUGCUCCAGUGACUUUGUGGUGAAAAUGCGCAUCAAGGAGAUGACGGAGGAGAAUGGGGAGCGGCGGCUGGUGGCUGCCCAGAAGAAGAAGGUGCUGAAACUGGGCCCACUGAAGCGCAAGGACACCAAGAAGAUGGUGCUGCACAUGAGGAACGCGGGUGCCUGCCCCUGCCCCCAGCUUGACAGCCUCAGUGGCAGUUUCCUGGUCAUGGGCCGCAAGGUGGGCAGCCACCUGCUGCUCCUGGCCAUCUACCCCUGGCAGAAGCACAACAAGGAGAUGAAGUUCGCAGUCAAGUUCAUGUUCUCCUACCCUUGCCCCCUCUACCACCCCCUGCUCUAUGGGGCUGGGCAGCACUAGGGCUUUUCCCACCCUGCCCUUUUCCAGGACUCCUGCACUGGCCCAACAUCACACCCCUGGCUUCCUUGGCUGCACCCCAGGAGCCCAGCUGUGCUCACCUCAGCCCCUCGGUUGUGCCUCAGAAUCCAGCUCUGCACCCACAGGAUUCCCUGCUGCAUUUGUGGGAGCCCUGAUCCACAGCCAAGACCCCUGCCUCUUCCUGAGAGCCCUGCUCUGCACCCCUGGCACCCCUGUUCUGCUCCAAAGACCUCUGCCCCUGCCCAGGAGUUUAGUCUGGACCCAGGACCCUUGUUCUGCACGUUCGUGAGCCCUGGUCUGCACUGGAGACCCUUGUCUACUCCCGGGUUCCCUGCCCAGAAGCCCAGAGACCCUUGCUUUCAUUUAGGAUCCCUGCUUGGCCCUCUUGGCUACACCUGGGACCCCUACCCUGCACCCAUGUCCUUUGCCCAGCUCCCUCGUGACAUGCCCCAGACCCUCAGCCCCCCAGUCCCUAUUCCAGCCCACCAACCCAUGCCCUCACCUGAAGCUCAGACCCAGCCCUGGAUUAUCUCACCCUCGCAGAGACCCAGCCCAGCCCAGGCAGGUCCCUCCUGCCCCUCUGUCCCCACUGACUGUCCCCUUCAAGACCAAGUGCCCAGACCAGCACAACCCCUUCCUGGGCUCCCCCACUCCCCACACCACAUGGCUCAGUGUGUGAGGGGGGUCCGCCUCCAAGCCCCCCAGACCAGCCCUGCUGCAUCCCUCGCACACACCCCUGCUGUGACCCAGCCCACGCAUCCCUUGCCCAUCCACACCACAGUAAAUUAUUCCACCUCAGAGAA